GUAAAUUUGAAACUUAUGUAUAAAAAAUUAAUGUUUUCUGCAGUACGGCAGGGGAAUUUUUACUCAUUUUGGCUCUUGGCUUUUCCUUGUACAUAAUUUCUGAACAAACCCAAAAAACUCUGUAUAAAAACUUCCUUUUUAAAUUCCAAUUGUUUGAUCCAACAGUUUAUCUUGAACCCUUUUAAGCAGGCAGAACUACAAAGAGGGAUUUGAGAUUUAGUGUUAGAAGAAAAAAGGGUUUUACAGAAGCAAAAAAGAACAUGUCUUUAGGCUAUGCAGAGAAGCUUUCUUACAUUGAAGAUGUGGGUAAUGUUGGAAUGGCUGAAUAUUUUGAAUCAUCACAUAAAUUGCAAGAAAAGGUGGAACAACUUGCAAAUAUUAUUCAAAAGAGUAAGCAUAUGGUGGUAUUUACAGGUGCUGGUAUAUCUACUUCUUGUGGUAUCCCUGAUUUUCGAGGCCCCAAAGGCAUCUGGACACUGCAGCGUGAAGGCAAGGCCUUGCCGAAAGCAGCUUUACCUUUCAAUCGAGCAAUGCCUAGUACUACCCAUAUGGCUUUGGUUGAGCUAGAGAAAGCUAAUAUCCUCAAGUUUGUUAUUAGUCAGAAUGUUGAUGGUCUCCAUCUUCGGUCUGGGCUCCCGCGGGAAAAACUUGCAGAGUUACAUGGGGACUCUUUCAUGGAAAUUUGCCCAUCUUGUGGAGUUGAAUAUGUACGAGAUUUUGAGGUAGAAACGAUUGGGCUGAAGGAAACAUCCCGACGUUGUUCCGAUGCAGCUUGUGGGGCAAGAUUAAGAGACACUGUUCUGGAUUGGGAGGAUGCAUUACCACGAAAGGAAAUGGAUGCAGCUGAAAAGCAUUGCAAAAUGGCUGAUCUUGUGUUGUGUUUAGGGACAAGUUUGCAGAUUACUCCUGCUUGCAACCUGCCUCUUAGAUGUCUUCGUGGAGGGGGAAAAAUUGUAAUUGUGAAUCUUCAGAAAACUCCUAAGGAUAAGAAAGCAAGUCUUGUGAUUCAUGGGCUUGUUGAUAAGGUUAUUGCUGGUGUUAUGGACAGUCUUAAUCUACAAAUUCCUCCAUUUGUUAGGAUUGACCUUUUUCAGGUUGCUCUCACUCAAGCUUUGAGUUCAGAUAAGAGAUACGUGAACUGGAACCUCAAGGUUGAAAGCGUACAUGGACACAGAGCUCCGUUGCCAUUUAUUAAAAGUAUUGAGGUAUCUUUUACAGAUAGGCAAGAUCUGAAAGGUGCUGUGUUGGACAAGCAGCCAUAUGGGCUGAAAAGGAGAUCAGUGCGGAUUGUGGAGCCAUUUGAAAUGGUAUUGAAGAUUAACUUCAUUGAUGCCUGUAGAUGUCGCUAUGCACAGAUAAAAAUCCCGGUUAAUUUCAAAAUUUCAAGGCAAUGUCCCCAAUAUGACAAAGAAGCGAUAUUUCACAGUUUAAGAGAAGCAGGAUUACAAGAUUCUCAUUGUGGUCGGUAUGAAGUUAUAGAAAGAAGGGCAAAUUUAUCCCCAAAAUACGACAUUACCGUCUAUGCUAUCGUCACCAACAUAACGACUUACAAUAAAUCAUUACCGGAUCAAAAAGUCGCAGUCUCGCAUAAUGGAGAUGUGAAAGUAAAGAUCAAAACUAUAACGAGUAAUAACAGCUCGGAAACAGACGAUAAGCCGCUCAGAUUUCUUAAAAGGAAAAAGAGGUUUAAACGCAGCCCGGAAACUGCUAACAAGCAUCUGAGACUUCAUCAACCAACAAGUAGGGUGUAAAUUAACAAUGCUGUUGAAAUUCUGUACAUAAAAACCUGUUUUCAACUUUUUUCAAUCGGUUCGUAGAAAAGCGCAGAUCGGUUUUUUGAUGACGAUGAUGAUGAUGUUGAUGAUGAUCGGAAUGGCGAUAUGUUAUUAUGGUGGAUACUCUACAGUAGUGUUAAUACACAUGGGACUGAUUGAAUUUUGUUAGAUGUAACUCUCAGUCUCACAUGAUUCAGAGAAUGAAAGGGCCUCUGAUUCUGUUGUAAAUGCAUUCUUUCAACAGCUAAAAUAUUACUCCCAUCAUCUUUCGUGCGAU